AGCGCUCCAAGCGCUCGCACGCCAUACUUCGCAUUAUCAUCGAGUCGCGCUCCAUUAGUGCUCAACCGGAUGAUCCAGUCAUGCAAAGCGUUUACAAUUUGGUGGAUCUGGCUGGAUGUAGCAACAUAAUGCACAUGUCAAACACCAAUGUUAGCUUCAGAGACCAGCAGCUGAAUCAGCUACUGCGCAUGUCUCUUGGCGGCAAUGCGUGCACUGGCAUUAUCUGCACGGCCAAUCCAACCAAUUUGCUGGAGACGAGAAAAACCCUGCAAUUUGCCAGUCGAGUAAGAGAAGCAUCCAACCAGCCGCUGGCUCUCAUCUCGACCAUCUCGGCUGUGGGUGAUUCCACUAUGAAUCAAUCCUCUUCUUUCGAGCUCUCGGAUAGCCCGAAUAGGUGGCGCCACCUGUUGUUCGGACCUUCCCCUUCGGCAGAGUCUGGAAGUUAA